UAAUUUUUUUUACAAGUGAUUCCUGCUGGACAGCUUUAAGCAAGUACCUGUGGAAAUCCGAAAGCGUCAACAUGGUUGAGUGGUCAGAUGCUGAGCGCAGUGCCAUCGCUACUGUGUGGGGGAAGCUCGGUGAUGAUGCCGGACCUGUGUCCCUGGCCAGGUGUCUGAUCGUGUAUCCCUGGACUCAUAGAUAUUUCUCCACCUUCGGCAACCUGUCAAGCCCUGCUGCCAUCAUGGGUAACCCCAAGGUGGCAGCUCACGGUAGAACCGUGAUGGGGGGUCUGGAGAGAGCCAUAAAGAACAUGGACAACAUCAAGGCCACCUAUACCGCGCUGAGCGUGAUGCACUCUGAGAGACUGCACGUGGAUCCAGACAAUUUCAAGCUUCUCAGCGAUUGCAUUACCGUUUUCGCGGCCAUGAAGCUCGGACCCUCAGUUUUCAAUGCUGAUGUCCAAGAAGCAUGGCAGAAGUUUCUGUCUGUGGUCGUGUCCGCCCUGGGCAGACAGUACCACUAGAGUGUCAUCCCAAAUGAUGCAUUGCAGAAGAUCGCACGGAGCAGAUAUAGCAUAAGGAUUGAAAUCUUAUAAAACAGAACAAAUAAAACAAUGUUAAAAGCA